AUGCUUUUGACGCGGGACGCCGAGAAGCGCCCCAGCGCCGAAGAGCUGCUCCGACGGCUGGGGCGUAUGGGGAAGCUGCGACGGGCCCAGCAUUGGUCACCAGCCACAAAGGCUCCAGAUGAGCCAGAGAAGACGCCAGAGGGCGACUUGCUCGUACGGGUGCGACGGCCCUCCAGCGCUAAGGAGGCGAGAGCCCUUCCAAAGCCGCCCCAGCGCCAUGAGCUUUUCGCCUUUGUACAAGGUCAAGGUCAAGGGCAGCCCCAACAGCCCCAAGGGCAGCUGGCUGCGGGUGCACAAACCCGGAAUGCACGGGAGGAACGCUAUGAGCGGCGACGUCAGGCCCACUUUCAGUCAGAGUCCUCCCAGUCGGACGAGACAGAGGCGCAGAUGCAGGUGGCUCCGCCAGGACACACGCGUGCUGUGCCCAGGCGCCCCUGA